CAUGGCGACGUGCAUGAAAGCGUAGCUUAGUAACAGGAAGCGUCUUGUACCGAGGAAGCACUGAAGCGUUUAUCUACGUUGUCGGAAGAUUAUCGCUCGGUUUUCGGCUGGUCUCGGCUGCAUUUGAUUCUCUGAAGCAGCAGGAUGCCAGGGAAACCAGGUGACCAGCUCAGACCGGGAGACUUGGUGUUUGCCAAGAUGAAGGGCUUCCCACACUGGCCCGCCAGGGUCUGUAAGUCAGAGAAUGGAUACAAGAAGCGAGUCCCGGUCUUCUUUUUCGGGACCCAUCAGAUAGGUCACCUCCCGCCAGAGAACAUCGUUCCUUACGUCGGCAACAAGAUGAAGUAUGGCAGCGGUGUCCGCAUCAAAGGCUUCACUGAGGGCAUGUGGGAGAUCCAGAACACACCAGGAGUGGGCAGUAAACUCAGAGCCAACACACAAACUACCCCUACCAAACCGCCUUCUGCCACUAAAAAAACACCUGCCAAACCGCCUUCUGCCCCUAAAACGACACCUGCUAAACAGGUGACAAAUGACAGACUUAAAACUACCCAGACUAAAUCACCUCCCAGUGAAUCUGCCCCUGCAAAGCCCGACAGUGAACCAGCUCCAAGUAAAGAUACAAAUAAAAAGGAAACUCUGACAAGAGCUUCAUUAAGAUCUGCUCCAGAGAAAACAACAGACUCCAGCCUGACUUCAACUUCCAGCGACGUCACCACUGCAGAUGUGUGCGAGACCGCUGCGAAUACAAGAGGCAGGAAGGCAGCUGCUAGAAUCGGCCCGUCUCCGGCAGCUAAAACCACUUCUGAAGACAAAAAGAAGGAGACUGCAGCGAAAACAAAGACUCCUUCCAAAGCCUCCAGAACUGCUUCUGCCAAACCAGCUGAGAAACAGACUAAUGCCGACAGUGAACCUGCCGCUGAAACAACAACAACUACGAGUAAAGUCACAGCUGAGGGGAAAGCUGCGAGCGAUAUAGAAGCCCAAACGCAGGCCACGGACUCCAAACUAACAUCUACAAAGGUUCAGAUACCAUUAAUGUCCAUCGAUGCGCACAAUGAGGAGGCUGCACGUCGGGUGUCUACCAGGAGCAAAGGGGCGGAGUCGAAGGUUGCUGCAGAGCAGCGCAGGACGAGGACACCUGCCAGUCCUGCUGUGGCCUCUCCAGUCAGCAAGAAACCGAAGACCACAGAAUCAAAAUCUGCUCCGACGCAAAUGUCCAACAGCGACAGAGGAGGGAAAGACCAGGAGGAAGAAGAAGAAGAGAAGAGGUCAUCAGAGAGCCGAGGAGUCAAGAGGAAGAGUGAAGAGAAAGACGAGAAGGAGGUGCAGAAGAAGACAAAUCAGGACGGCGGCGAAAGAAAGACAGAAGUGAUGGCGAAAGAAAAGAUGACAUCAGAGAGCCGAGGAAGAAAAAGAAAGAGAGAUGAAGAGGAGGAGAAACAGAAGAAAGCCGAGCAGGAUGAAGAAGAGGAACAGACGGAGGAGAAGAAGAAAACAAAACAAGACGUCGGCAAAGAAAAAAAGGAGGAGAGGACGAGGAGAGAAACAAGGUCGGAGAGUGGAGGGAGAAAAAGGGCGAGGGAAAAGGAGGUGAACGAGAAGAAGGGCGUUACGGAAGGGAAAAAAGAAGAGGAGAGCCGAGGAAGAAAGAGGAGGAGGAAAGAGAAGGAGGUGCAGCAAGAAGAGAUGAAGGACAAAGUGACGGAGGAGGUGAAAACUGGAGAAAAGAUAGCAGGACAGAAGAAGAAAACAAAGGACGCUGGUGAGGAAGGAGAGAAAGAAGAGAGAAUAAAAGAGAAGAUGACCGAGGAAGAGGAAGAGGGGAAUGAAAGAGAGGCAGAGAAAGAGGAGCAGAAGGAAGAAAAGGAGAAAGAAGGCAGUUCUGUGGACGAGGAGCGACAGCGCCACCUGGCAGCCAAGAGGGAGAGCGUGUUGAAAUCUCUGAGAGGUCUGCUGAAGGCCGGGAGAGGAGCGAGGAAGAGGGAGGCGACGAAGAGCGCCCAGAAAACCGGGAGCGGAGCAAAGAAGAAGGGCGAGAUUAAAAAGACAGGAAGUCGGAAGACGUCCGAGAAGAUGAGCGUCAAAGAAUCGACCGUCACCAAGGCGAUGGGCAGGAGAUCAGGCAUCAAAGCCGUCAGAAAGACGGCCGUGUUAGAGAAGAAGGAGGACAGAAAAACAACCGAGACGUCCGGCCAUAAGACAACAGCAGAGAGGAAAGGGGAGGUAAAGAGGGACGGACAGAAGACAGAACAGGACAAGAAGGAUGACAGAGUCCACGAAGCCGGCAGGAAAACUGCAGAUGAAGUGAAGACAAACGAAAAGGAGAGCGAGCAGGAGGAGGUGAAGGCCGAAGGGAAGAAAGACGAGAAUAAAGGAGAGGAGGCGAGGAGCGAUGAAGCGAAGCAGGAGAAAGACGAAGACAAGAAGAACGAGAGAAAAAUUAUCGGAAAGAUUGUGAAAGCGACGGCCGGACAGGGAGCGAAGGUCCAGGUGAAGACGAUAAUGGGAGGAACGACGGCAGCGGCGGCCGAGGAGGAGAGGAAGAAAGAGAAGACGAGCAGAGAUGAAACAGUCGAGGACAAGAAGAAGAGUUCAGAAAAGAGCAAGGAGACAGAGAGAGAGAGAGAGAAGAGAGGGAGCACUGAAGGGAGGGAGAUGGAAAAAAGUGUGGAAGUGGAGAGGAAGGCUGAAGGAAGGAGAGCAGCAACAGAAGACAAAAAAGACAGGAAUGUAACGGAGGAGGAGAAGGACAACAAGAGCGAAGUGGAAGAGGAGAAACGAGAGAAGAGCGGCGAAGAGGAGCAGAAAGCGAAGAAGGACGAAGGUGAGGUGGAAGAAAGGACGACGAGAGGGCAGAAGAAGAGAGAGGAAAAGAGCGAAAAACGUGACAGUAGAGCCGCCGAAGAACAAACGACGACGCCAGCCGCCGAGCAAACCAAAGAGACGAAGCUGCAGAAGAAGAGCGUGGAAGGAAACAGAAGCGACGGAGCGACAGAAAAGUCAGCCGAGGCGCCGGAAGCUGAGUCAAAAACCGAAGAAAAAGAUGAAGCGAGCGCGGCGAAGACGAGCACAGAAGGAGAAAACAAAACGAUGAGUGAUUCAUCAGAGGGAGGGAGGGCGGAGCAGGUGCAGCCGGCGGUGAAACAGCAGAAGAAGAGUCCGGCCGUGACGCUGACGGACUCGACUCUACACAGAAUCCACGGAGACAUCAGGAUUUCUCUGAAGACCGACAACCCUGACAUCGGAAAGUGUCUGAUGGCGCUGGAUCAGCUCAGCAUGGUUUACGUGACGUCUAAACAUGUCCGGAGACACAGCGAGCUCGUGGCCACGCUGGGAAAGAUGAGGUACUACAAAGCCAACCAGGCCAUCAUGUACAAGGCCUCCAUGCUGUACAACCGCUUCAAAAACGCAUACCUGGUUGGGGAGGGGGAGGAGGUGGUGAGCGCCGCCUUCCUGCGCUCCCUGCUGGAGGAGAAGGAGCGGGAGGAAGCUCAGCGGGCGGAGUGCUGCAGGGAGAGGCUGAAGAGGGAGGAGCUGCUGCAGGAGGUGAAGAGGCGCAUGGGCCAGGUGAAG